UUUCAAAAAAAUAAAUCGCCGAAUUUUGCAAAUUUUCUUUCAACUUUCCAUCAAAAUAAUCAUAAAUAUUGUGAAAAUGUCUGUCGGUAGUGAUUAUUUCUCCGAUUAUGAGACUCAACGUUCGAACGAAGAAGAGGAAGUCAACGUUGAAGAAAGCAACGAGAUGAAUUUUGAAAUUCUUCAUCCUGAGAACCCUCUAAUGAUAAAGUUUCAAAAAGCUUUGAAAAAAUUACUCGAGACUAAAAUUCAAGAAUUUCGUCAAGAAAACAAUGCUUUGGAAUACGAGAUCAAAGCUGUAAAAUCUGAAACACUAAAUUUAACAGAAGUAUUAUACGAUCAUAAAGCUGCAAUCGAUAAGCAAAAGAAGUCGAUCGAAGAAUGCAACGAAUCGGUAUCAACUUUAAUACUAGAAAGACAACGAGAAGAAGAAGAAUUGAAACGUGAAAAAGAACAACUUGCUAAAGAAUCAGCUCAGUUGAAAGAAUAUGAAAGAUUAACUCUCGAAUUAAGAACUAAACUCGAAGUACAAAGUAAUCUGCUACAUCAACUCAAAGAAUUCGAACAAAAACAAGCAGCUUCUCUGGCAGUUCUGAGUCAAUUAAUUUCUAAAAACAGAGCUGAAAAAAAGACCAAAUUAACCGAAAAAGAAAAAGAAGACUACCUUUUAUUGAAAUUAGAAAACGAAGUAUUUAAAGUUCAAAUGCAAAUAGAGUUGUACAAAACGCAAAUUAAAACCGCUUGCUCGGAAUUAGUCGUUUUGAAAGAAACUAUAUCAGAACGUGAAAAUGAAUUUCAAAUUGAAAGUCAAGAUAACGCUAAUUUGUUAAAUAUUUGGAAAAAUUUGGUAGAUUUGGUCUCUAAACGUGAUCAAAAGUAUUCGGAUUUUAAAAAAGAAUUCGAAAAUAAAGACAUCGAGUAUAAAGCACAUCAAAUGGAACUUCGUAAUUAUGAAAAGAACAUCGAAGAAGAAAUGUCCAAAAAUGAGCUCCUAUUGUCGUACAAAAAUCGGAGAAAGGAUGCUUUGAGAGCUGUGAGAAGAAAAUGUCACGAUAUGGAGCAGCAAAAAAGAGAAUUUGAAGAGGAAAUUGACAAAUUGACUGGCAUGAUAGAGUGCACAGAAAAAACACUCAGAGAUACUCUCGAAGAACAACAAAAUCAAGAACGUGAAUUAGAUAUACUUUUAGAAACCAUCAGGAAACUGAACGUUGAAAAAUACAAACUGGAAGAAUCAAUUCUUUUAGAAUUACAAGAUGAAAUGGUCGCCAACAAAGAAGCUUCUCAAUUAUACGACGAAACUAAAAAAAUAAGAGAAGAAAUUAAACAAAAAGAAAUCUUUCUCAAAGAAAUGCAAGAUGAGUAUCAUAAAAACGAAGAAAUGUUGGAAAUCAAGAAAAAAGAAUUAGAAACUAGUAAAAUGUGCGUCGAAGACAAAAAAGCUUCGAUUUAUUCGCUGGAAGAAGAAUUUUCAAAAAAUCAGAAAUUUUUAGAACAUAUUAAACUCGAAGUGAAACAACACAAUUGUACUUUGGAUAUCAAACAAAAAGAACUAAAACGGCUGGAAGAAAAAUUCGCUUCGACGGAAUUGGGAGAUAGGAUUCAGCAAACUAAAGAAGACAUUGAAGAACUUUCAGAAAAAAUCGAACAAAAGAAAAAAGCAUGGAUCAGGAAACAAAACGAAGUUUUAUUAUUAACGGAGAAAAAUUCACGUUGUAUUAACGAAUUGAACGAAUUGAGAAAAAACGUGAGCUUAUUCCAACAAAGUGUACAGCGAUUAGAAAACGACAUUUUUAAAGCCGAAGCAGAAAGUAAACGCAUCGACAAAUCAAUUUCAUUCAUGUUCAAUCGUAUAUCGAAGUUGAAUAGCGAAUACAGCGAGAAAAAACGUCAAGAAGAAAUGCUCGAUAGUGAAAAUUACAUUUCACAGAAUGAAGUCUUGGAAAAAUUAAAGGAAUCAGAACAAGAAACUUUGGUCACUGUCGAAGAAAUAGAGAAUUUGGAAAAAUCCAAGAAAUCUUUAGAAGAAAAGCUUCUUGAAUUACAACGCGAAGAUUUGGAAUGGGAAAAGAAGAUCAAAUUAGCGAACGAAAUGAAACGUAAUAUAAUGCAAGACGAAAGUGAAAAUGGUGAUAUUGGUACGAUGAAAACUGAAAUUCAUAGAAUGGAGAUAAGAUAUGCUCAAUUGAAAAAAGCUCAGGAAAGUUUGGUAUCAGAUUUAGAAUCGUGUGUUUCAAAACGAGAUAAUAUUAUUGGUAAAAACAUCGCUAAAGAGAAAAAUGAAAAGAACGCUAUCAAAGUUGAGAAAACACUUUCAACCAAGAUACGAAAUUUGCAGAAUAAAAUUUCCAAAAUGGAAAAAGAACUGAAAUGUCGCCAAGAUGAAUACUCAACAUUGGAAAAAGAAAACAUACAUUUGAUGGAGAAAAUGAAGAAAGCCGAAAUGGAAAUCGAAGAUCUUCAGAACGCAGAUCAAGAAUUCGAUGUUAAAAUGAAGGAAGCUCUUAUACAAAAGCAAAUGAAUUUGGAAGUAUUAGUCGCUAAACAAAAAUUCGCAGAUUUCCUAUACUCGGUGAAAGCUGGUAAAAUUAAAGGCUUCAAUCAGAACGAAGAAGUGGUGCAGAAUAAUUAUUUAAAGCACCAGUCUUUUAAUUCUGAUUUAUGCAAUGUUUUAGAAUCUCUUUGUAACGAUUAUCCUAAUUUGAAGUAUGAAAUUAUUCCUGUAUUGAAUAUGGCUCGAACAUUAUCUUCGUAAUUAUGUUCUUUUGUAUUUUAUUGUUUUUCGCUUUUCAUUUGAAAAAGGUAUUUGAACUUUGAAGCAGCUUUUUUGCAUAAUUUUUUUCU